GAGCCCCCUCUGACCCCAAAUCCCCGGAGAAUCCCAAAACCUCCCCAAUCCCAGCAAACCCCGGAGCUCGGAGCCGAAAUUUCCUCGGAAAAUCCCGAAAAACCCCAAGAUUCCCAAGAAUUCCUUCCUCCCUCGCUGGGAAAAAUUCCCAACUUUUCUUCACCCGUUGCCGAAAAAUUCCGGCGGCUCCAACGGAGCGUGGCCCGAACUCUGAGCUCGCUGGACCCCGCCUGGAUCCAGCGGUGCGAGGAAUCCCCAAAAAAACACCGGGAAUUUUUGGAAAACGACGCCAAAUCCCAGCGGGAAUUUCUGGAAAACGACACCAAAUCCCAGCAGGAAUUUCUGGAAAACGACGCCAAAUCCCAGCAGGAAUUUCAGGAAAACGACGCCAAAUCCCAGCGGGAAUUUUUGGAAAACGACCCCAAAUCCCAGCGGGAAUUCCCGGAAACUGACGCCAAAUCCCAGCGGGAAUUUUUGGAAACUGGGGACAAAUCUCAGCAAGAAUUUCUGGAAAUGGGCCCUGAAUCCCUCGGGAAUUUUGGGAGGAAACGGCCCCGGGACGACGCCGGCGCCGCCGAGGCCCCGGCCAAGCUCCGGAGAAGCCUCGGAGGAUCCGAGCCUGGAAUUUCUGGGGUGAGGCAAAGACAGGAGGGAAAGGAAAAGAUGGAAAAGAAAAAAUCCCAAAGUGGAGCCGGGGAGGCGCCGCACGGAUCCGGAGAAAUCCCAGAGGAGGAGGAGGAGGAAGAGGAGGAAAAACCCAAAGCCACGCGCAGGGCUCGAGCCCCGCGCGGCAAUUUCGUCCGCCUCAACCUGAAGAGAAAAACGUAUACCCGCGGAUCCCUGAGGGGAAAAUUCCUCCGGAAACAGGUUUGGAGGCAGAAAUGGAGAAAAAAGUUCGGGGGCGGAUCCGAUCUUUGCUUCCGGUGCGGCGGGAAGGGGCACUGGGCCGCGGAAUGCCCGG